GUGCCAGAAAUUUUGCCAAAAUGAUGAACGAGUUGGAAGCCAGCGACUUGCUAGUAGAGUUGGGUCAAUCCUUAAAAAAGCGAGCGUCCGAAGAUUCAAAAGAAAUUGUGGAUGGAUUGGAUUUUUAUGACACAAUGUCUGAAACUGAAUGGAAAAGUGCUCGGUUGUCUUCUAGUCAUAGUGAUGAUAUUGGAAGCUUAAACGAUGCAUUACGGGUACAACAAUUGGAAGAAGAGCAGGAACGACUCAAUAACUCGUUAUUUUCCCUGAGCUCCCAUUUUGCGCAGGUGCAGUUCCGGAUAAAGCAAAUGAAUGAAGCGGACCCAAGCGAUAGAUUAAAGUUGCUCUCUGAUCUUCAAAAAUUUGCUUUCAAGGGUUGCACAGACAUGAACGAGCUGCAAAGGCUACGAAGUGAAAGUGAAAGUGGAAAUGAUGUACUAGACAAGCAAAAUGAACGACAAAAAGAAUUGCUAAAACAGCUCCGCGAGCAAGUAGAAGACUUGGAAAGGACUGCCUAUGAAAAUGGAGAAGGCGAGCUUCCAAGUACUGACAUUUUGAAGAAACAGAAAGCCGUUCUGGAUAAACUCCGCGAAAAAAUCGAGUUAAAUCUAGACAUAGAUAAAAUGAACCAAACAGAAAUACAACGGCAAGUAGAUGAUGCUCUGAAGCAACUUGUCAAUCCGUUCAAAGAAAAGGGACAACUAGUAGACCAACUUCAGACUCAGAUCACAGAUUUGGAACGUUUUGUCAACUUUCUUCAGAAAGAGAAUGCUGAAAAUUCGAAUCAAACUACACCGGUUCGGAGCAUGGGAUCAACGCCGCUGUCUGGUGCCAAAUCUAAAAACGGAUCAUUUUUAAGUGGAAUCAUCGGGUGCUCAACAGGAAGGUUUCAGAAAAAUCAGCUGAAAAAUACUUUGAAAGGAAAUCAUUAUGGAGACGAACGGGCGCAUGUGCAACUAGCAGUAGACGCCACACAACAAGUGCUGGAAAAAUACACCCUACUGACAUUCGACUCGGCAACAAAAGGCCAAUUAGAAGAAGUUCAAGUAGAAAAUGACGAGGUCUUUGAACGAUCUGAAGAGGAAGUGGUAACUAUUGUCCGAAAGCAGCUGUGUCUUGCAUUGAAAGCCCUUCUAGAGCAUGGGAUGCUCUCAGAAACAGUGGUGCACAAGCGGAUACCGGGGUUAGGCUGUUUUGUCGCAAAAAGCUCGGCGGACGAGAAAUCAACGUCAUUGAGUCAUAUUUGGGAUGUGAUUUUAUACUUUUAUAAUUUAAAAACUGGAAGAGACACCACAGAUGCUCCUGUAAGAAAAUUGAGUCAAUCCUUUAAAUUGGAUCACGUCGGAGGAAGAAGCAUAACUUCAAAACAGGUUUUGCUGACAACAAUUGAAAACAUCAUCUCGACUCACGCAAGAUUAAAAAGAUCAAAAGAUGCGCAUUGGAAAGCAUUUGUCUCAGCUGCUUUGAAUGAGAAAAAAUUACCUGCUUGGUUGAGGAUCAUAUUUCGAACCCGACAAGUUGUCGAAAUGUGCUACAACUCUUGGAGUUAUGUUGCAAGAACAGGCUGUGAGGAACUCUACACACUUCUCGAAGGUCUUCACAAAUAUAGUAUUCACUUACCGGUUGACUUGGCUUUGAGGCCAUUCGAACAAAUCAAAGACGCAUUUUAGUACUAUAAUAUCAAAAAAUUUGUAAUAAGCAUAUUAAAAUGACUGGAACUGAACAAUCAAGACAGUUUAAAACAGGUUCGGGAUAAAAUAAAUUAAUUGCCACUUUUUUUUUGAAAAUUGUUUUAUUCAAUAAAAACAAUAAAAUGG